AACUUUUUUUUUCUUAUUUUAUUAAUCACAGUUCUGUAUAUUAUCCGUCAAAAAUCACCGCCUUCGCCUGACUCACAUACUCUCUACUCUCUGUCUCUCUCUUUCUCUCUACUUUCUCUGUCUAAACUCUAAAGGGGUGCUCUGAGAUCACGUAGAACAAUGGUGAAGGCCGUUGCUGUUCUUGGAAGUAGUGAGGGUGUUAGCGGGACAAUUUUCUUCUCCCAAGAAGGAGAUGGUCAGACCACUGUAACUGGAAACGUUUCUGGCCUGAAGCCUGGGCCUCAUGGAUUCCAUGUCCAUGCCCUUGGAGACACAACAAACGGUUGCAUGUCAACUGGGCCACAUUUUAACCCUGCUGGCAAAGAGCAUGGUGCCCCUGAGGACGAGAAUCGUCAUGCUGGUGAUCUGGGAAAUAUCAAUGUUGGUGAUGAUGGCACUGCUAGUUUCACAAUUGUUGACAAGCACAUUCCACUUUCUGGCCCGAAUUCCAUUAUUGGAAGGGCAGUUGUAGUUCAUUCGGAUACUGAUGAUCUUGGCAAGGGGGGACAUGAACUUAGCAAAACCACUGGAAAUGCUGGUGGCAGAGCAGCAUGCGGUAUUAUUGGUUUGCAAGGAUAGAAUGCUGCCCAUGAGAUCCAUAAUAAGACAAAAGGCAGCUGAUAUAUGCGCUAGCCGGACAACUCUAGUAGAAAGUUAGGAGGCCAGAACUCAUUUGAAUAAAAGAACAAAUCAUAAUGUACUUUUGGCUGGUUUGGCUUUGUUAUCUAAAAAUUGUGUAUGCUUUGUUUGGUCUCAUAAAGUGAAGCGAACUUUUUUGCACAAUAAGGGUUGCUCUUCGUUUGGAUA